AAGUUUAUGAUACUUGGUCUACAUACUCUACUUUGCAUUCUUCUCUCCCACAUCGACACUAUGAGCUUCCACGCAUCUGCUUCCAACAUCGAGCUUGAGGAUGGUCACAUCCUCAAGGCGGUGCUGCGCAAUGAGGAUGGUGAUGAGGAGGAGUCCACCCUCGAUCUCAAUGAUCACAUCGGAAACGACAAUGGACACUUCCAAUGGGAAGGUGGUGACUUCCAGUCCAGUGCCGAUGAUAUCAGCUUAGAGCUCGAAGGAGAUGACAACCUCCCCAUUCUGCGGGCUACUUUGAACGACGUCGAAGGAGAAGGCCAAGCUGCGGAUAUCAACCUGUCCGAGCGCAUUGGAAAUGAUAAUGGACGCUUGGUCUUCAACUAA